AUGUCUGAGGAGAUGACCACAGAAAGAGAGCUCCCUACUGUUCAGGCCAAGUACGAGUACUGCUAUGCUGCCUACGAGCAGUGUGCAGCUCUGUUAGGGUGUCGAUUACCUCCGUGCGACACCGAAGUUUUCGGAGGCGAUUACACUCGCUGGCCCACCUUCCGGGAUUUAUUCACAGCCCUCUAUAUACAGAACCCGAGACUGUCGGAAGUUGAGAAACUUUUCUAUCUCAACUCCAAGACCAGCAGUGAAGCCCAUGCCAUUGUGUCAAAACCUCCUUUGACAAAUGAAGGGUUCCAGUCGGCGUGGUCCAGCUUGACUGAGCGUUUCGAGAACAACCGGUUGCUCGUAAACAGUCAGCUGAGAAUUUUGUUCAAUUUGCCCGCCAUUGGGCAAGAGUCGGGUUCCUCUAUUCAGGAGUUGCAGAGCACCAUUCAAGGGUGUCUGACAGCCUUAGAGCACUCGAAAAUCGACACAGAGAAUUGGGAUUGCAUCCUGGUUUUCUUGUGUUCUUCGAGGCUCCCCAAGUUGACCCUUUCUCUUUGGGAACAGUCAAUCCAAAACAAGAGCGAUAAUCCAACGUGGGUUGACAUGAACGCUUUUCUUCUAGAGCGGCAUCGCACCCUAGAAGCGAUAGCGGAAGUGUCAUCCGGCACGAACGCUCCGACGGUUCCAAGAGCCUCACCCAAGAAGGCCCCCGUCUCCAGGCAGGUCAACUCUUUUGAGAGUAGGGUGAGCAUUAAGACCCAGACCUGCAAUUUCUGUUCCCGGGAGAAUCAUCCGAUUCGAUUGUGCCCUCGCUUCCUCCAGAUGGGUGUCAAUGAAAGGGUCAACCAUAUCAAGCGACAGAAGCUUUGCUUGAACUGUUUCGCACGAGGCCAUGUCCGGGCCGACUGCACAAACUCGGCGACGGCUGCGUACUCCAGCAGACAGAUGCUCCAUCCGCUGCCCAAGCAACUGCUCUCUCCCAAGACGAUGGCCAAGCAGACUCUCCUCGACGAGGCCACGAAGCAUCCAGGGCCACGACAACUGGGCCACUGCCGGAGACCCAUUUCUUGA